AUGUCCUGCAGUUGCCCGGGACCUUUAAAUCACCACCACCUGACCAUCUUCAACUGCUUCAAUCACUUUCCGCUUCUCGCUGCGACUCUAUCUGUCAACCGCUUGGCUGCGUCCUUCCCCGGUCUUUCUGCCCGCGAAAAAAGCAACGAUAGGCCAACGCCUCCCGAUUUCAACGCAUCUCCAGAGUACUUCCGCAGAGCCUGUCUCUAUCCCUCCCUCUCUUCCCAUUGUUUCGAUCUUCCAUCUUUUGACUCCCUCUUGCUCCUCACUCCUUUCUCUAUUCUAUAUUAUAUUCUCAGUCUUCUUCUCCUUCUCUCUCCACUCCCUCUCUCCGUUCCCCAUCCCCUCACCAAUCGAAAGAAUCCUGUUUUGGCAUGCGAGCGGUUCCUGCGCCAUAGCUCCCUCCCACACAUGUAA